AAAACCAUAUGUUUCUACAUUUCUUUGCUAUUCUUAGUUUCCUAAGGUUUCAAAGUCGAUAAAAUUCUAAAAAUCAAACGAUUAUAAUUAUGCUGAAAGUUUAACCAAGGGAGAUAAAUCGUGAGGCCUAAAUUGCGUCGAUUGUGGUGUUGAGUGUAAGAAGCUGUUUGACCAGGGAUAAAUUAGUUUUGGACACGUAUAAAUCGUGAAUCUAACUAUUGUAAGAUCAACAUGUCUAAAAGUCUAGUCAACUCGUUGGAGACUGCGGUGAUGGAUUAUUUGCGGGGCCUAAAAGCCGUCUACCCGGGGCUUUUCAUCGAUAUCGAGACACAAUUCGUGAUGCUGAACCGAGAGAGGAACAACCGAGUCGCGUUGCUGAGCGGGUCGGGUGCCGGCCAUGAGCCUUACGGUGCCGGUUUUGUCGGGGAAAAUAUGUUGACCGGAUACGUCGCCGGGAACGUAUUCACAGCCCCUCCGACAGGAUACAUCGUCACGGCUCUCUCCAACCUGGCCAAACUCAACAAAGGCGGCAUCCUGGUGAUCAUACUUAAUUACACCGGCGACAUGCUGAAUUUCGGGCUGGCCAUAGAAAACGCGAGAAAUAAAGGGAUUCAGGUCGAGUCCGUUUUGGUAGCGGACGACAGCGGACACAUGGACACUGACAUCAAAACAGGUUUCGUCGGGCGUAGAGGGUUGUGCGGUGGGGUGUUGAUGAUCAAAAUCCUCGGUGCCAUGUCCACCGCCGGCCGACUGCUGAAGGAGCUGGUCGUCGAAGGGAGGUGCAUCAGCUGUCGCAUGUGCUCAUUCGGUCUGGCAAUCAAGCCUUGCUACCUGCCAUGUUCCGCGGAACCUCUCUGGACCAUCGACGACGACCAGAUCGAAAUCGGCGUCGGCGUCCACGGUGAGGCCGGACUCGCACUCAUCAACUUUUGCACGACCGCGGAAUUGGUGAGGAUUCUAGUGGCGCAGAUGCUGAAGAUCUUCGUCGGCCGCCCGGGCGAUAGCAUUGUCGCUUUGAUCAACGACCUCGGGACCUGUAUCGACCUGGAGCUGUUCACUUUUUCCGCCGAGCUCAAAAGGCAGUUGACCGCUCUUCAGAUUAACAUCGUACGACUUUACACCGGGAAAUUUCUUUCCUCUCUAGACACUAAAGGCGUCCAGGUUUGCAUGCUCAACGUGACGGGUCGAGAUGACUGGAUAAAAUUCUUAGAUCUCGAGACGGAAGCGUUCGCUUGGCCGGUCACCCGUCUAAGCCGGUUGAACGAGAGGUUCCCCAUGAGGCUGACCCAGCUCGAGAUCGACAGGAACUUUCCUCAACUCGAAGGGCUCGAGCUCAAUCAACGAGAAGGCAACAUAUUCAAGAGUACAAUCCUAGCCGUGGCGAGAGCUCUGAGGAACGAAGAGCAGAAGUUGAACCUGCUAGACAAAAGAGGAGGAGACGGGGAUUGCGGGACGGCUCUCAGGCAGUUAGCGGAAGGGUUCGAAAAGGCGAUCAACACCCUACCGGUAACGAAAGUGGCAAUGACCUUCCUCACUUUAUCGAAGAUCGCUGAGACGUACAUGAGCGGGACGUCCGGAGCCCUCUAUUCGCUCAUGUUCCUAGGAGCGGCCAAGAACGCGAGCAGUUGGUCCGCAUUGUGGACUGGCGCCCUGGAGAUGGUGAGAAAGUACUCGAUCGCCGAACUCGGCUACAGGACCAUGCUCGACGCGCUCAUCCCGGCCUGUCUCGCCUUCGAGGCGAGCACGAAAGAGUUCGGCGAAAAGAACUGGGACAAAUCGCUCAAGUUCGCCCUGGACAAGGCGAUCGAAGGUUGCGGGAAGACGGCUACGAUGAAGGCGAGGGUGGGCAGAGCGUGCUACGUCGAUCCCUCGCGCAUCCAAGACGUCGACCCCGGCGCGUACGGCGUCGUCGUGUGGCUCACCGCGAUAUUCAAGAACCUGGUCAAACAGGAAGGCGAGGACACCCAAUGCCCGAUCUAGUGUCCUAUGGGCCUCAUCUCACUCACGUCAAACACUCAUGGAAGAUUUUUGAAAUAAAAUUCUUUCAAGCAA